AUGACUUCGCAACCUCAAGAUCCAUACAAAGCCAAGAACAAGGACGAGCCAGGACUCGAAGAGAAAAUCAACGACCUCAAUGCCUUUGUUAAAUCUUCAAAGUUCGGCAUGAUGACCACCCGCAUUGCGGACUCGGGUCUCCUGGUCUCUCGAGCCAUGGCACUCGCUGCUCAGGAAUCCGGCGGCCUCGACCUACUCUUCCACACGAACACGCAGUCUGGCAAGACAUCAGACCUAGAAUCCGACUCGCACGUGAACAUGUCCUUCAUCUCGUCGACGGACGGCAGCUGGGCAUCCAUCUCGGGGACCGCGAGCAUCAUCACCGACCGCUCCACCGUGUCCAAGUACUACACGCCGACGCUCAAGACAUGGCUGGGCGACCUCGGCGACGGCGUGCACGACGGCAGCGAGAACGACCCGCGCAUCGGCGUCAUUAAGAUCAAGGCCGUUACCGCCACGUAUGCGGUCAGCAAGGGCACAAUGCUCGGGCGGGGCUUUGAGAUCGUCAAGGGCGCCGUGACUGGUGAGGUCGCCAACGUCAAUGAUCUGAGAGAGAUCGACCAGGGUGAGGUCGAGAGAUGGAGACGCGAGCAUGCUUAG